AUGUACCAGCACCUGAACAACAGCAUCUAUAACUUUCUAUACGAUUCGGUCGUCAACACCUACCUAAUUGAGCACUGCAGUCUAUCGCCCGCAGGGUCUGAGCAGCACGGGGUCGUGGUUCACUCGCACAGUGACUACUUUGCUUCCAUCUCCUUCCCCGCAGUCGCCGAGCUGGCGCUCAGGGUGAACAAGUUGGGCAAGUCUAGUGUGACGUACGAAAUUGCUCUGUUCGAGAAGGGAGUCGACCAGGUGAGAGCAGUCGCGGAGUUUGUCCACGUCUUUGUCGAGAGAUCUACCGGCCGCCCAACCGCAUCUGGCAUGACGGACGAAAUGCGGAGGGGGCUGGAGCAAAUUCAGGUGGUGAAGGCCAGAGAAAAUAAGCUCUGA